CCUAUUCAAUUUUGUAAACGAAACAAUUAUUUUUAAUUAUAUUUCAUUUCUUCAUUUCUUUCACUAAUAAACGUUGUAAUAUACUAAGCUAAUAAAUAAUAAGUUAAAUAAUGGAUAUUACAUUGGACGAUCGCUUGAAUUCAUUUCAACAAAUAAGUCAAAGAAAACUUGUAGAAAUUUUAGAUAUUAUUCCAGGGAAAAAAGACUUUAUUAUUGAACAAAAAUUAAUGAAAAUACUUGAUACAUUUGUAGGAGUAACAGUUUUAAAGAAAUAUGGAGUUGAUAAGAUAUUUAAAUUUGCUCAAGGACUUAAGUAUACCAAUGUUCAACGUAUUUAUGUAGUUACCUGUAAUCUAGUAACAUGUCAAAACGUUUUUGAUGAAAUUAAGGCUGAAUUGUGUCAAACACCCGGUCUUUCUCACCAUAUGUUAAUAGCACCAUUUAUACCAAUAGCUGUAAAUGAUUUAAUCGAAGAAAAUGGACUCUAUGGAUUAGUCACCUUGCGACCAUUAGCUUGGGAAUUUAUUAGAAUCGAUGGAAAUGUUUUAUCUCUAGAAACACCAUUAUUUACUGACUUGUACUAUCAUAAGAAUACUGGUCUACUUCCAUCUUUAGCAAGAAGUCUUUGGACAUUACGAAUGGUUCUUGGCAUUCCCAAUUUCACAUUUGCAUUGGGCAAACAUAGUCAACAUAUAUUAAAAAUGAUAUCUGCUAUGGACGAAUCUCUAGGGUCUCCUAGUACAAAAGACGAAUUUGGUGCUUUAAUUUUAAUGGAUAGAAGUCAAGACUUUGUUUCGACGUUACUGACGCCAGUGACUUAUUUGGGCUUACUGAGUGAAGUAGUCGAAAUAAAUAUAGGAUCUGCAUCUCUUGGCACCUCCCAAACCAUUUUAGAUCCAAUUAAAGAUCAAGUUUAUGGAGAAGUGAGAGACAAACAUUUUAGUAAUGCCUUUCCAACACUACACACUAAAGCUAAAUCUUUAAAAUCCGAACAAGAAUCCAUGCAAUCCAUGAAGCUAGCAGAAAUGAAACAUUAUGUACAAACUACUCUUCAAAAAACAGCAAAAAUUAAACAACAACUGGAAUUUCAUAUAUCUGCGUGUGAAGCUACCGUCAAUGCUCUUGCCUCGAAAUUUGAAACCUUACACUUUAUAGAAACUUCAAUUCUGGAAUGCACUCGAAGAGCUGAAUGUUUGGCAUACAUUUUACAGAAUAUAGAUGAUAAUCCUCAUCGAGGUCUUCGACUACUAUCGCUAUUGUCGUUGACAAGUGACGGAAUUACCAACGACGAACUAUUAACUAUACAGAAGACUCAUUUGCAUGCUCACGGCUAUCAACACAUACCACUAUUUUAUAAAUUGGAAACGGCAAAUCUUUUAAGUACGAGAGCAGAAAACAUGCUCACUCGAUUGCCAAAUCGAACGAGUAAGUGGACAGUUAAUACAAGACGCUUAAAAUUGCUUCCUAACUCGUCAAAACCAUUAGAUUUAAAAGGACCAACAUGUCCAAGUUACGUUUUCAAUGGAUCUUAUAUACCUCUUAUAGCACAAAUUUUAAAUAUUCUUAAUUCACAAAUAACAGAUCCAAAAAGUUUUGAAGAACUAACUAAUACUGUCGGAUGCACCUUUAAAGGAAUUCAAGGUCCUAUCCAUCCUCAGUGUAUAGUAAUUUGUGUAAUUGGGGGAAUUACAUUUAGUGAAAUAUCAGCAUGUAGAUUGAUAGAAAAAUCAGCAGGUAUUCGUUUAGUUUUAACGUCAGAUUGCAUUCUAACGGGCAACAAAAUUAUGGAAAAUCUAGAAAAUGCAUGACUUAGAUGCGUUAAAAUAUUGUACAUAACGAAUAUUUUGUAUUAUAAAUGUAUAU